AUGGGGGAAUGGACCAUCCUAGAGAGACUCCUCGAAGCCGCCGUCCAGCAGCAUUCCACUAUGAUAGGCAGGAUUCUGCUGACUGUGGUGGUGAUCUUCAGGAUUCUUAUUGUGGCCAUUGUAGGAGAAACUGUUUACGAUGAUGAACAGACUAUGUUUGUAUGCAACACCUUGCAGCCAGGCUGCAACCAGGCAUGUUACGACCAAGCAUUUCCUAUUUCUCACAUUAGAUACUGGGUAUUUCAGAUCAUCAUGGUGUGCACCCCUAGUCUCUGCUUUAUAACAUACUCUGUUCACCAAUCUGCGAAACAGAGGGAAAGGAGGUACUCCACUGUCUUCCUCACUCUGGACAGAGAUCAGGACUCUAUGAAACGGGAGGAUAGUAAGAAGAUCAAGAAUACCAUUGUCAAUGGGGUGCUGCAGAACACUGAGAACUCCACCAAGGAGGCAGAACCUGACUGCUUGGAAGUAAAGGAAAUCCCCAACCCAGCUAUCAGAACAACAAAGUCAAAGAUGAGGCGGCAAGAAGGCAUCUCUAGAUUUUAUAUCAUCCAGGUGGUUUUCAGAAAUGCUCUGGAGAUUGGAUUUUUGGUGGGGCAGUAUUUCCUGUAUGGAUUCAAUGUCCCAUCCAUGUAUGAAUGUGAUAGGUAUCCUUGCAUUAAGGAAGUGGAAUGCUAUGUCUCGAGGCCCACUGAGAAGACAGUCUUCUUGGUCUUCAUGUUUGCUGUGAGUGGUAUUUGUGUGGUGCUCAACUUGGCUGAACUGAAUCAUUUGGGCUGGAGAAAGAUCAAAAUGGCUGUGAGGGGAGUGCAAGCAAAACGGAAAUCAAUAUAUGAAAUCAGGAACAAGGACCUGCCACGUAUGAGUAUGCCUAACUUUGGCAGGACUCAGUCUAGUGACUCCGCUUAUGUCUGA